CUCGGCUCCCCUGAGCUGCGCUGCCUGGAGCCCGUGUGUCCGCCAUAUUGGUGUCCGCGCUGCCUGCCUGUGUAGCUGCUGCGCCGUGUCCCUCCAUCUCGUCCCGGCCAGGCCGAGCCCGCGAAGCCGGCGCUGCAGGGCGGGAAGCGGGGCGAGGUGGCCGAGCGGAGCAGGGAGGAGACGGAAACGAGCGGGCCACGGGUCCCGCGCCCCCUGCGCCACCCGCCAUGGCGAGGAGGCCCGGCGGACCCUGAGAGAGACCAGCCCCCUCCCCGGCCCAGCCCAGCCGCCAUCAGCGGAGACGAGCCGCCCGGUCCCCGCCUCUGCCUCAACAUGGAGGCCGUGAAAGCCUUUAACAGCGAGUUGUACUCGCUAAAUGAAUACAAACCACCUAUUUCUAAGGCUAAAAUGACACAGAUCACCAAGGCAGCAAUCAAGGCUAUAAAGUUCUACAAACAUGUUGUACAGAGUGUUGAGAAAUUCAUUCAAAAGUGCAAACCAGAAUACAAGGUGCCUGGUCUCUAUGUCAUUGACUCUAUUGUGCGACAGUCCCGGCAUCAGUUUGGGCAAGAGAAGGAUGUGUUUGCUCCUAGAUUCAGCAAUAAUAUCAUCAGCACUUUCCAGAAUUUAUACCGUUGUCCUGGGGAUGACAAGAGUAAAAUUGUUAGAGUGCUAAAUUUGUGGCAGAAGAAUAAUGUAUUCAAGAGUGAAAUUAUUCAGCCUCUCCUGGAUAUGGCAGCAGGAAUUCCUCCUCCAGUUGUGACUCCAGUCUUGCCCAGUACAACAGCUGCUAUGAGCAACAAUACACCAGGAACUCCUGUGACCCCUGUUACUCCAGCCAAUGUGGUACAAAGUUUACCUGAUCCUUGGGUGUCUCAAAUUGCUAAUACAGAUACACUUGCUGCUGUUGCACAAAUCUUACAGAGUCCCCAAGGCCAACAGCUUCAGCAGUUAAUACAGACACUGCAAAUACAGCAACAGAAGCCACAGCCUUCACUACUUCAAGCGCUGGAUGCUGGUCUUGUCGUUCAGUUACAGGCCCUCACAGCACAACUUACAGCUGCAGCUGCUGCUGCCAACACACUUAAUCCACUGGAACAGAAUGUCUCUUUUAACAAGAAGCUGAUGGACAGGUUUGAUUUUGGGGAAGAGCCUGAUCUCAGUGAAGAGCCUAAAAAAGAAACUCCCAAUUCCCAACUGCCUCUAGUAUCAGAGUCUGUGAACAACUCACUUUUUCAUCAGCUAGCUGAACAACUACAACAACAAAAUUUAGAACAUCUCCGACAGCAGCUCCUGGAGCAACAGCAGCCUCAAAAGGCAAGCCCUGAGGAAAAUCAAGAGGGAAAUUUUGGAUCAGAGCACUCUGCAUCACCAUCACAAGGGAGUAGCCAACAGCAGUUUUUAGAAGUGGAAACAAACCUAGAUGAUUCAAUGGAUAUUCAACAGCAGGACAUGGAUAUAGAUGAAGGGCAAGAUGUAGUUGAGGAAGAGAUCUUUGAACAAGAAGAAAAGAAAUCAGCUGUUCGUUCAAGAUCAAGAACACACUCAAGAUCUCGUUCAAGGUCACCAAGAAAACGGAGGUCUAGGUCACGGUCUGGUUCCCGAAAACGUAAACACAGAAAACGUUCACGCUCAAGAUCAAGAGAAAGGAAGCGAAAGUCAUCUCGGUCAUACUCCAGUGAAAGAAGAGCUAGGGAAAGGGAAAAAGAACGCCAAAAAAAGGGAUUGCCUCCUAUCCGGUCUAAAACACUAAGUGUCUGCAGUACUACUCUUUGGGUUGGUCAAGUAGACAAGAAGGCCACACAGCAAGAUUUAACUAAUUUGUUCGAAGAAUUUGGACAAAUAGAAUCUAUUAACAUGAUUCCUCCAAGAGGUUGUGCAUAUGUCUGCAUGGUUCACAGACAAGAUGCAUAUCGUGCUCUUCAGAAACUUAGUUCUGGAUCCUACAAAAUUGGAUCUAAAAUUAUUAAGAUUGCUUGGGCUUUAAAUAAAGGUGUGAAAACAGAGUACAAGCAAUUUUGGGAUGUGGAUCUUGGAGUUUCAUAUAUACCUUGGGAAAAAGUAAAAUUGGAUGAUUUGGAUGGCUUUGCUGAAGGAGGCAUGAUCGACCAGGAGACUGUAAAUACAGAAUGGGAAACUGUGAGGAGUUCAGAGGCUGUUAAAGAAAAUAUCCAAACUACUCAGAGUACAACUGUCGAUAAGAAUACAGCUGUUACAACACAGACGGAAGCUUAUACUCAAUCUGUAACUAUGCUACAGAUUCCGGUAGCUCCAGCUGUGCCUGCUGUUAGUUUAGUUCCACCAUCAUUUCCUGUCACAAUGUCUGUCCCACCUCCUGGGUAUAGUUCAAUUCCACCACCUCCCUUCUUGCGGGCAAGUUUCAACCCUUCACAACCACCUCCUGGUUUUAUGCCUCCCCCGGUUCCACCAGUCCCACCGCCUGUUGUUCCACCACCUGUUGUUCCACAAGUAGUCCCAACAUCUCUAGUGCAGCCUCCUCUAUCCAUUACUCAAGAGACAAUGAAAGACGUUCCUUUUGGUAGCCUUGUUUUACCAGUUGGCACUGUUUCUAGCAGCCUAGCCACUCCAACAUUAUCAGCAGGAAGUGUUUUUAACCCUCUUCCAAGCAACAAACCAGAGUCAGAAGAAAAAGGAUCACAUCUUGCAGACGUUCAGAUUUCUUCCAGUGAAAACAACAGAUCUGUUCAAAAUGAUGUCUCAAGCAGCUCCGGACUUGCGGGUGGAGUGCAGCCACCCGGUGUCUCAAGCAGCUCCGGACGUGUGGGAGGAGUGCAGCCACCUGGUGUCUCAAGCAGCUCUGGACGUGCAGGAGGAGUGCAGCCACCCGGUGUCUCAAGCAGCUCCACACUUGCGGGAGGAAUGCAGCCACCCAGUGUCUCAAGCAGCUCCGCACUUGCGGGAGGAGUGCACCCACCCGGUGUCUCAAGCAGCUCUGCACUUGCGGGAGGAGUGCAGCCACCUGGUGUCUCAAGCAGCUCUGGACUUUUGGUGGGAGUGCCGCCACCGAACGUCUCAAGCAGCUGCGGACUUUUGGCGGGAGUGCCGCCACCGAACGUCUCAAGCAGCUCUGGACUUAUGGCGGGAGUGCCGCCACCGAACGUCUCAAGCAGCUCUGGACUUUUGGCGGGAGUGCCGCCACCGAAUGUCUCAAGCAGCUCUGGACUUUUGGCGGGAGUGCCGCCACCGAACGUCUCAAGCAGCUCUGGACUUUUGGCGGGUGUGCCACCACCCAAUGUCUCAAGCAGCUCUGGGCUUCUAAUAGUGCCACCACCCAAUGUCUCAAGUAGUUCUGGACUUCUGGGGAUGCAGCAUCCAGCAGGGAUUCAAAACAUACCCCAUUUAAAUAUUAGUAGUCAAAGGAUGCCCGGAAUGCCUCUCUUAGAUCUCCGUCCAGGACUAAUACCCCAGUCACCUGGACCAAGAUUUCCAUUAAUACAGCCUGGAAUGCCACCACAGCGUAAUAUCCCUCCUCCAACAAUCCUUGACCCAUCCCUUCAUCCACCACCUAGAGGUCCUUUUCCUCCUCCAGGAGAUCUUUUUAACCAAACAGAGAGACAUUUUGGAACACCUGGAAGACAAAAUGUUGAUAGCAUUUCUAAUCCAGAAAAAAGGUUACCACUUGGCGGUGAUAGCAUUCAACAGGAAGGAGACCGAGACUAUCGCUUUCCACCAGUGGAAAACAGAGAGACUCUUAAUAGACCAUCUCCAGUCGAUGUCAGGGAUUCUAUUGGACGGCCACCAGUAGAUCCAAGAGAGGGUCUUGGAAGACCUCCAAUAGAUGGAAGAGAACAUUUUGCAAGACCACAUAUAGAUAUGAGAGAGAAUUUUGGAAGACCAGGUGUGGAUAAUAUUGGUCGAAGAGAGCAUUUUGGUUUCAAUUCAGAAAAGCACUGGGGACAGAGAGGAGAUUAUGAUGAAAGAGAACACAAUGUUUUCCCUAUCUAUGGUGGUCCUAAAAGCUUCCAUGAAGAUAGAGAGAGAUUUCGGCAUGUAAAUUACAGAUUUGAUACUAGAAGUGGUCCCAACUGGAACAGGGGAUUUGAACAAGAUGCUCACAGAGAUUUUGAUGACCGUAGAAGACCCUGGGAAAGACAGAGGGAUAGGGAUGACAGAGAUUUUAAUUUUUGCAGAGAAAUAAAUGGAAACAGGUUUGGAAGAGACAGAAUGCAGAACAACUGGAUCCCUCCUCCACAUCCAAGGGUUUUUGAAUAUUUUGAAGGGGCCACUUCACAGCGCAAAGCUGAUAAUAUACCCCAGGUAAAUGGUGAAAAUACAGAGACAGAAAGUCAGCCACCAAAUGUGCAAGUGCAGAAUGAUCCAGAACUUUAUGAAAAACUAGCAUCUUCAAGUGAGAUAAACAAAGAGAAGAGUGACACAGAAGCUGAUAUAGAAAGUGAACCAGUGGUAGAAAGCACAGAAACUGAGGGGACAUAAUCAUCACUCAGUAGGUAAAAGAUACCUUUUGUAAAGUUGUCAUCUCUCUGUAAUAGAUAAAUGGCUGACUGGACCUUAGCAGUUCACUUUUGUCUGCCAGAAUUAAGUUAAUCUGAUGUUGAUGUUCAUCUUUCACUUAAAUAACUGUACAACUGACUUGUAUAGAACACUGUUCUUAAUUUGAACAUGGUAGGUAAACAUUUUUUAUUUCUCUGAUAAAACACAGACUUGCCCCCAGUUGCUUUUAAUGUCACAAUGAUAAAUAACAGCUUGUCAAACAGAGACUUCCUAUGGAAGAAAAUGGAAUUUUUUUAGAUACUACCAUUAGGUUGGCUGUGGAAAUUGUUAUACUUGAAAGCAGGUGCUGGUGUAUCUUGUCCAUGUUUUUAGGCUGCUGCAGAAUUUUAAACAUAGACAAAGCUGUGAUAUUUUAUGUUCCUGAAAUUUGGCACGCGCACACACCAAAAAAAAAAAAAAGAAAAGAAAGAGAGAAAAAGAAAUAGCCCUGGUCAUUUAAGGAGCAUAAUACAGAGAUUAAAAGUGCUUUCGUAAAAUCCACACUAUAGUCUCUGUUUUCUCUAAAGUAAGUGUCUGUGAUUUGUUCCUCGUACUGCAGUGGGUUAAAAAAAAAUGAUAAAAGUACAUUUUAAUGUUGGGUGCAUUUUGUUUUUAGAUGCCAAUAAAGCAUAUUUGUUUGAUAACAGUGUUCUAGGUAUUGUAUUUUUUUUUUUUUUUUUAAACCUACAAGCUAUGAAAACCUGGAUCAGCUGUGGUAUAUGCUUUAGCUAGUUGUUGCAAAAGGUUUAUAUUACUCUUGUAAGACCAACGCAACAAUUAUAUGUGCUAGAAAGAAGCAUAUGCUUUUAUAUUGAAAAUCAUGCAGUCACAUUAGUUUGUAUAUAACAUGUAUGUAAAUAUUUGUGUAAACUGUAAGUAGAUAUCGCUAUUUCUGUGUGUGCCUGUGUGUGCGCACAGAAUAAUGAAGACAGUUUAAUAAAACUGAAAUGAAAUUAGGUUAUAAAAAUAAGUCUUUCGCCUUCUCAAGGUUGCAAGAUAUUUCAAGACAUUAAUUUGAUUAAAUAAAUCAAAUUUACAUUUAUUUACUCACUCAUAGUUAUGUACUGUUCUUAUUACUUUUAGAAGGUGAAAUGAACAUGAUAUACUGUAAAGAUAUACAGUAGGAUUUUAGCUUACUUUUUAAAAAAUGUAGAUAUGCAUGAAGCCAAAAUUGAAGCAAAUGUUUACCUUGUCUUACUUUGUAAUAUAUUUGGUGUUCUGGAUAGAUAGUGGUAGCAUUAAAGUACUUUGUGGUUA